AUGUCCUCCCAUAGAACCAAAGCACCCCCAAAUAACGACUCUUCUUCUCCACCGUCAACUAUCCAUCCCCAGCGCAAAUCGGGAGGUUCUACAAAAUGGCUUUCCUCCGCUGGGACUGGAGUGGUCUCGGACAUCAAAGCCCGGGCUCCCUUCUAUCUCUCUGACUGGAGAGAUGCUUGGAACUACCGCGUCGUCCCUGCGACAGCACUCAUCUUUUUUGCCAAUGUACUCCCCGGUAUUGCGUUUUCUCUCGACCUCAUUGAAACUACCAACCAAUAUGGGGUUGCGGAGGUCCUGAUAUCAUCUUUCAUGGCGGCCUUCGUCUUUUCGUGCUUUGGAGCACAACCGCUGACCAUUGCUGGUGUGACCGGGCCCAUCACUGUUUUCAACAAGACAAUAUAUAAUAUCACCCAAAACCGAGCUGAUGCGCCAGUCUACUUGCAUUUCGUGGGUUGGGUGUAUCUCUGGGCAGCCAUAUUACACUGGAUAACGGCUCUUCUAAACUUCUGCAACCUGCUUAAAUAUGUGACGCUUUUCCCCUGCGAUACCUUCGGCUUCUAUGUUGCUUGGGUGUAUCUUCAAUACGGGGUCCAAGUUCUCACCCGCCAGCUGGACGACAACGUGCAAAACGCACCAGGCCCACUUGUCUCGAUCAUUCUCGCACUUUCAAUGCUGGUUGUGUCUUUCCUCUUCCAACACCUCUCGAAUAAGCCGUAUUUUAAUCGACACACAAGGCGUUUUCUCGCCGACUAUGGAAUGCCACUAUCGCUUAUUGCGUCCUCCGCGAUGGCAUAUUGGGGGAGGUUUAAUGCCGCCAACGUGGCAACGCUACCCGUGGGAAGAGCAUUUGGGGCUGCGGGAGGACGCGACUGGCUUGUCAAGUUCUGGGAGCUCGAUGGGAAAUGGGUUGGGAUCGCUUUCCCAUUUGGAUUGAUCUUAUGGGUGUUGUUCUUCUUUGACCAUAACGUUUCAUCGUUAAUGGCACAAGGGGCCGAGUUCCCACUGCGAAAGCCCCCCGGGUUCCACUACGAUUUCUUCCUACUUGGAAUUACCACUUUCAUCGCGGGCCUCAUCGGUGUUCCCGCACCAAAUGGACUGAUUCCUCAAGCGCCCAUACAUACGAAUUCCUUACUUAUAAUGAAGAAUCUCCCUUCGGAGGACGCCGACAAAGAAAAGCAAGACCACGGCGUGUACGAUUAUACCGAGCGUCCCAUUGCGGUAGUGGAGCAGCGUCUGUCAAAUCUCGCUCAAGGCGCAUUAUGUCUCGUACUCCUAACUGGCCCGUUCCUCCAUGUUCUGCACCUGAUUCCCAGGGGUGUCCUUGCUGGCUUAUUUUGGUACAUGGGUGCGGAUGCCCUCCGCGGGAAUGGGAUCACCCUCAAGCUACUCUACUUUUUGCGCGACAAAAGACUUACACCAGCGACGGAGCCCCUUCGAAGGGUCCGUAAAUCGCACAUCUUAGUCUUCGUUGGCGUGCAGCUCGUGGGGUUCGGUGCAACCUUUGCGAUCACUCAGACCAAAGCUGCAAUUGGCUUCCCGGUCAUCAUCAUGCUCCUCGUUCCUUUACGCGUCUUGCUCGUGCCCCGGUUAUCAUUCACCCCUGAGGAAUUGGCCAUUCUCGAUGGCCCGACGGCCUCCCCAUUUACAAUGGAAUCCGUUGGAGGCACGCUGAGCGGAUAG